GUAUGUGGCUAUCAGCAAUGCCAAUGGAGUUUCAAGAGAUAUGAACAUUUAAAAAGACACAUGCUUGUUCAUACAGGAGAACGUCCCUUUGCUUGUGAGCAUCCUGGAUGUACAAAGUCUUUUGGUAGAUCAGAUAAUCUGCGGGCACAUUAUCGUACACAC